GGACUUUGCUCUCGACUGGGUAAGUUACUAAUCUACUUCAGGCCUCCUUUCCAAGACAACAGCGUACAGUGUCAUGCGAGAGAGGCCGUCUGUGGUGCUACAUAUCGCCAAUACUGUAGUACGGAGGUUGUCGCCGUUCGUGAGACAAGUGGACUUUGCUCUCGACUGGGUGUUCCUAGAGUCAGGUAGAGCGGUAUACCGUCAAGACGAAGAAUCUGGCUCCACGUUCAUAGUGCUGAGCGGUCGUCUGCGCUCCGUCAUAACGCACCCUAAUGGCAAGAAGGGCCUGGUCGGCGAGUACGGCAAGGGCGAUCUGGUUGGAAUUGUGGAGAUGGUGACUCAAACCCGUCGCAGUACUACAGUGAUGGCGGUACGAGACUCUGAACUGGCCAAACUGCCGGAGGGACUGUUCAACGCGAUCAAGCUGCGGUUCCCCGUAGUGGUGACUAGGCUUAUCAACCUGCUAGGGCACAGGAUAUUAGGUUCAUGGCAGAAGCCGACAGCGGGUCUCGGCGGAGCGGCUUUAGAGCCACGAGUUUCCGCGCACAAUUUCUCAACAGUAGCGGUCGUGCCUGUGAGUGACGACGUACCGCUAACCGCCUUCACUUAUGAGUUGUACCACUCGCUCUGUGCUAUAGGGCCGACAGUUCGCUUGACCUCAGACGUCAUUAGAAAACUGUUGGGUCUCACAAUAAUGGACCCCAACAACGAGUACCGGCUCAGCUCAUGGUUGGCGCAACAGGAGGACAAACACAAGGUGGCCCUCUACCAGUGCGAUCCUAGUCUAACGCAGUGGACACAAAGGUGCAUCCGACAGGCAGAUUGCAUCCUGAUAGUGGCUCUCGGAGACAAGCAGCCUAGCAUUGGAAAGAUAGAGAAAGAAAUCGAGCGUUUAGCUAUCCGUACACAGAAAGAAUUAGUCCUCCUCCACCGCGAAGGCGGAGCGAACCCCAGCGGCACCGUCCACUGGCUGAACAUGAGAACAUGGGUGUCGCAACAUCACCACGUGCGCUGUCCACAUCGCAUGUUCACUAGGAAGAGCCAGUAUAGAGUUAGCGAGCUAUACAGCAAAGUCCUGAUGUCAGAAGCGAGCGUGCAUUCGGACUUCUCCCGUCUCGCUCGCUGGCUCACGGGGACAUCUGUGGGUCUAGUGCUAGGCGGCGGCGGCGCCCGAGGCGCUGCUCACGUCGGCAUGAUACGGGCCAUACAGGAAGCCGGCAUUCCGAUAGACAUGGUGGGCGGCGUGAGCAUAGGCGCAUUCAUGGGCGCCCUCUGGUGCAUGGAGCGGAACAUUACCACUGUCACGCAAAAAGCUAGGGAGUGGUCACAGAAAAUGACCCAAUGGGGCAAGCAGCUAAUGGACCUGACAUACCCAGCGACAUCUAUGUUCUCCGGGCGACAAUUCAACACCACAAUCCGUACGACCUUCGGAGAGGUCCACAUAGAGGACCUGUGGCUACCGUACUUCACCGUCACCACGGAUAUCAGCGCGAGCUGUAUGCGGGUGCAUAGGCAUGGUUCGCUGUGGCGCUACAUUCGCGCGUCGAUGUCUCUGAGCGGCUAUAUGCCGCCUCUCUGCGACCCGGUAGACGGCCACCUCCUAUUGGACGGCGGUUACGUCAACAACCUCCCAGCCGAUGUAAUGCGCUCGUUGGGCGCCAAACACAUCCUAGCCAUAGAUGUGGGGUCCCAAGACGACACGGACCUCACGAAUUAUGGCGACGACCUCUCCGGAUGGUGGUUAUUAUGGAAAAGAUGGAAUCCAUUCACAACCCCGGUGAAAGUGCCAAAUUUGCCAGACAUACAGAGUCGACUCGCCUACGUAUCAUGCAACCGGCAAUUGGAGGAGGUGAAAAAAUCCGACUACUGCGAAUACAUCCGGCCUCCGAUCGACGCGUACAAAACUCUCCAGUUCGGCUCUUUCGACGAAAUCCGGGAGGUGGGGUACCGGCACGGCGCCGCCUACUUCGAGGGGCAGCGGCGCGGCGGUGGCGGCGGCGUGUCGGGCGCCGCCGCCGACUCCAGGCGGGCUGACGACAUCCCGCAGCUGACUGACUACACAUUCACGGAUCUAGCACAGAUGGUGUGCUCGGUCCGCACGGGGCGCGGCACUGACAACGACUCCUCCUCCUCGUCAGACUACGAGGAGGACCAGAGACACUUCGAGGGCUACGCCUCGGAGCCCAGCGCGGGCAUCAUGGAGAUGGUGUGCUCGGUCCGCACGGGGCGCGGCACUGACAACGACUCCUCCUCCUCGUCUGACUACGAGGAGGACCAGAGACACUUCGAGGGCUACGCCUCGGAGCCCAGCGCGGGCAUCAUGGAGAUGGUGUGCUCGGUCCGCACGGGGCGCGGCACUGACAACGACUCCUCCUCCUCGUCUGACUACGAGGAGGACCAGAGACACUUCGAGGGCUACGCCUCGGAGCCCAGCGCGGGCAUCAUGGAGAUGGUGUGCUCGGUCCGCACGGGGCGCGGCACUGACAACGACUCCUCCUCCUCGUCUGACUACGAGGAGGACCAGAGACACUUCGAGGGCUACGCCUCGGAGCCCAGCGCGGGCAUCAUGGAGGUAUCCACAUCUAUUAUACUACACAUUCACGGACCUAGCACAGAUGGUGUGCUCGGUCCGCACGGGGCGCGGCACUGA